UUAAUUUUGUAAUUCGUGGCUAUUUUGUUCAUUCCAUUUUAGUCUACUUGUUAGCCUCUGUAGUUGAUGGAACAUACUCCCAUGCGAGUAGGUGGGGCAUGGUAUGGACCAGUAGAGUAGUGGGCCGUCGAACGUGACGAGGAUGUCAGUCAGUAAACUACAGCAGCUAGCUAGCCAGCUAGCAUCUGCCUGAGUGUAUGCUUCAGGGAAUUCUGUAAAAUAUAGCCAACUUCGUUCGUUUUUGUGAACCCAACAUUGGACUCUUUGUUGUGUGACAGACAGACAAGACAAAAUGACAGAACUACGGCAUCGCGGCACCACGGAGAACGAGUUACAGCAUCAACAAUCAGAGGACAAGGGCUCAGACACAGAAGGACGGGCUGAUGGUGCGUCAGACUCUGAGACCAAAGCCGAUGCGGGCAUGCCUGAGGUCCCCGCUCCUGCUGACGACACACCGGAGGUCCUCAACAAGGCCCUGUCAGGACUGUCGUCAAGAUGGAGGAACUGGUGGGUGCGGGGCAUCCUGACUCUGGCUAUGAUAUCCUUUUUCUUCUUCAUCAUCUACCUGGGCCCCAUGGUGCUGAUGAUGAUUGUGCUGUGUGUCCAGAUCAAAUGCUUUCAGGAGAUCAUCACCAUCGGCUACAGCGUGUACCACUCCUACCACCUGCCUUGGUUCAGGACGCUCAGCUGGUACUUCCUGUUGUGCGUGAACUACUUCUUCUACGGUGAGACGGUGACGGACUACUUCUUCACACUGGUGCAGCGCGAGAUGCCGCUGCGCAUCCUCAGCAAGUAUCACCGCUUCAUCUCCUUCGCCCUCUACCUCACUGGCUUUUGCAUGUUUGUGCUGAGCCUGGUGAAGAAGCACUACCGCCUGCAGUUCUACAUGUUUGGCUGGACUCACGUGACCCUGCUGAUUGUGGUUACCCAGUCUCACCUCAUCAUUCAUAACCUCUUCGAGGGAAUGAUCUGGUUUAUUGUGCCAAUCUCCUGCGUCAUCUGUAACGACAUCAUGGCCUACAUGUUUGGCUUCUUCUUCGGACGCACACCGCUUAUCAAGCUGUCUCCCAAGAAGACGUGGGAGGGUUUCAUUGGAGGCUUCUUUGCCACUGUUGUGUUUGGGAUUCUGCUUUCCUAUGUGAUGGCGGGUUGUAGUUACUUUGUGUGUCCGGUGGAGUUCAACAAUGACACCAACAGCUUCACAGUGGACUGCAUUCCCUCUGAGCUGUUCCAGCUGCAGGACUACACCCUCCCCACUGUCCUGGAGUCCAUCACUGGCUGGUCCACUGUGCGUAUGUACCCGUUCCAGAUCCACACCAUCGCCCUGUCCAGCUUCGCCUCCAUCAUGGGACCCUUCGGAGGCUUCUUUGCCAGCGGCUUCAAAAGGGCCUUCAAGAUCAAGGACUUUGCCAACACGAUCCCAGGCCACGGUGGCAUCAUGGACCGCUUCGACUGCCAGUACCUCAUGGCCACGUUCGUCAACGUCUACAUCGCCAGCUUUAUCAGGGGACCCAAUCCCACCAAAGUGAUCCAGCAGCUGCUGGCCCUGCGCCUGGACCAGCAGCUCUACAUCUUCAACUCGCUCAAGACCCACCUCACAGAGAAGGGCCUGCUGCCUGCCGGGGAGGAGGUGGCCUAGGAGGCCCAGGAGGUGCCCUCUCGCCUCAGGGUGGAUGGGGGAGGAGGGCGGAGGAGAUCAUGAACACAAACGAAGAGAGAGGCAGACAAGUCUGACCAAC